AUGGCCUCGCACCAAGUUGCCAUAGCAAAGGCCUCGCUUGCCGCUGGUCUUCUGCGCCCGGACCCCACUUCCGUCUCCCGCGACGAGAUCACAACCCUACACAAUUACCUCGACCGAGCACUUUCGCACUGCUCGCCCGCAAACAUCCAGACAUGCAAAAAUUGGCUUCUCGGAUAUGUUAUCCCGUCGUCUAACCGGGUUAGCCUCCUGGCAAAAUACUUGGUUGCGUUGUCGGGGUCGUUUGAGGAUGGCGCAAACAGUACCAAUGCACAAGACAAGAGCUCUCGAGAACAAGGAGGUGGACGCAAUGGACGAGGAACCUCGGCGAAACGGAAGCGGUUACAUAUCUUAUACCUGCUAAAUGAUCUUUUUCACCACACGAAAUACCAUGGUUCGUCGACUGCGGCGUUUUCGACUCUCAGCGGGUCGCUGCAGCCGCAUAUUAUCGAGAUACUGAGCUACGCUGCGUCAUACGAUCGAGAAAAGAACCCGAAGCUCCACCGACGGUUGGCGGACCUCUUGGAUAUAUGGCAGGAGCAUGGCUAUUUCAGUGCAGACUAUGUGGGAAAGCUCCGCGAGGUGGUCGCCAACUCUGCUGUGUCUGGCCCUGUCAGGACGUCGGCUACUCCUGGCGCCGGAACUGCAGAGUCAGAGCGUAAGAUUCCGCGAGAUGCGCCAUUUGUGAUGCCUCCGACUCAUGGUGAUCCAUCGACACCUUAUUACGAUUUGCCGGCCGGCAACCUCAUGCCGCAUAUAAUACCGAACUCAACAAUCCCUCUUCGGCCUGACAUGAUCAAGCCUCUGCAGUUUCUAGCUGGCCCCGCUGAUGAGAAGCUGGUGAAUGCGCUCAAGGUCUUUUUCAAAGACGUCGAUCGGAUAUACGGUUCUACUGAGCUAGAUCGGAAAGAGGGUGAAGUUGUAGACGUGGACGAGCUCGGUCAGACUGUUAUUCGCGACGCUGCCACGGGAGAAAUCCUAGAAGGCGAAACGUACUACGGCUGGUCCCGCGCGUUCUGCCAGCAAAUGAAGAAGAGAAACGCUGGGGACAACCGCAGCCCACGACGCAGUGAGAGCCGAAGCCGCAGUCCUCCUAAGCGCAGACGGUUUAGCAAUAGCAGCAACGACAGCAGAUAUGACAGCACAUCGCGGAGCCGCACCCCAGCCCGCCGAAAUAGGCGCUACGACUCUCGUUCACCAUCUCGAAACCGUUCAUACCCGAGGUCUCCUCCGCGCGAGAAAUCCUACUCACCACCCCCACCUCCUGCUCAACACCAUCAACCGCAACACCGGCCCCAGCACCCCUAUCCACCCCCUCAACACAUCAACUCCUAUGGCGCACCCUCGGGCUACCCUCCACAACAACCCCAGAUGCCAUUCCCAAUGCCACUAGGCGGUGGCGCGUUUCCCCCACCACCUCCGCCAAAUCACCAAGGCCCGUGGCCUCCGCCACCGCCGCCCAUGGGCAACUUCCCCAACUUUCCCCCGCCAUUCCCGCAGCAGAUGCCGCCACAGCCGCAGAUGCCACCGGGAUCAUAUAACUUUCCCCCUGCCCCUCCACCUGGCGGACAGGGCUGGCAUCCGCCGCCGCCUCCAACGGGUGGGCGGGGAUGGCGUUGA